AUGUCCAUCUUCUUCUCAACCCCCGUCGACAUCGACAUCGUCCUCGACGACCCCGACAACCGCACCAUGGUCGACGUCAAGCUCGACAAGAACCGCCGCGAAAAGGCGCCCCUGUACAUGGACGGCGAGUCCGUCAAGGGCGCCGUGACGGUCCGGCCCAAGGACGGCAAACGCCUCGAGCACACGGGCAUCAAGGUCCAGUUCAUCGGCACGAUAGAAAUGUUCUUUGACCGCGGCAACCACUACGAGUUCCUCUCGCUCAACCAGGAGCUCGCCGCGCCGGGGGAGCUGCAGCACCCGCAGACGUUCGACUUCAACUUCAAAAACGUCGAGAAGCAGUACGAGUCGUACAACGGCAUCAACGUCAAGCUGCGCUACUUUGUCCGCGUCACCGUCUCGCGCCGCAUGGCCGACGUGAUCCGCGAAAAGGACAUUUGGGUCUACAGCUACCGCAUCCCCCCGGAGAUGAACAGCAGCAUCAAGAUGGACGUCGGCAUCGAGGACUGCCUGCACAUUGAGUUUGAGUACAGCAAGAGCAAGUACCACCUCAAGGACGUCAUCGUCGGCCGCAUCUACUUUCUGCUCGUCCGCCUCAAGAUCAAGCACAUGGAGCUGUCCAUCAUCAGGAGGGAGACGACGGGCGCCGCGCCCAACCAGUACAACGAGAGCGAGACCCUGGUGCGCUUUGAGAUCAUGGACGGGUCGCCUUCCCGAGGCGAGACGAUACCCAUUCGGCUCUUCCUUGGCGGCUUUGAUCUGACGCCCACCUUCCGAGACGUGAACAAGAAGUUUUCCACGCGGUAUUAUCUCAGUCUCCACCUUUGUAUAUGCAUCUUUUUACUGAUCUCAUCUCUGUAUCCAGACGCUCGACGAUAUUUCAAGCAGUCGGAAAUCAUCCUCUACCGCCAAGCCCCCGACGUACCCGCCAUCCAAGGCAUCCAAAGCGUGCCCCCUCCCACCGAGAACAAAGUCGCCGCCGUCCAGGCAUGA